AUGGUUCUUCUCCUCGGGCCGGCCGAUGGCACUGAGAAAAUGCGCACCUAUGUUUGGUCCGACGGGGGUGAAGGUGAGCAGUCCGUGAGGCUCCGAAUCAUCGAUCGGCUGCUAAUACCAUACGAAACCCUGGGGCUCGCUCGGCGCUUACUAACAAACUCCAUCGGCUGGUCCUCCGUAGCCAGGAUCGAUUUGCUGCGCGCGCACUCGCAAGACAUUGUCGACGCGUUGUUGGGCUUUGCGCGUGGGCCAGAAGAAGGGCGGCAGGAAGAGGAAUUCGGCGCUAAGAUGCUGUCAGCAACGCAGAAAGACCAGAUCGACAUGUUGCUGAAUUCGGCACCGCUGGAGGACGAGGACCCAGAGGGCCAUCGAGACUUCUUAAAAAAUGUAUGCCGUGCCCGACUGACGGCGGUGUCGACCGUACUUGCCCUCGCAGAUAGUGUGCUGCCACUUGCACGAGAUGAACGUCCUGUAGAUAGAGAAGGACGAGAAGCUCCUGGUGUAGAAGAGGUUGAACAUGCAGCUUCUCGCGAUCAUAGCUCAUCAGCCGCAAAAGAACAGCUGCAGCUUUCGAAUAUCGCUUUUGCUGCGACUGUUUUCGCCGGGCAUCACGCAAAGUUUGACAAGCUUGGGGUAUCGUCUGGCGCGAAUACCGUAAUGGUUGCAGCGUUGAAGUACGCAGCUUCUGGAUACACAGUGGGUAUAUACGAUAUCGAUGUCCAUUUCGCUGGCGGAUCGCAAGACAUUGCCUUCCGGUGGAACAAGAACAAUAGCGAGAAUGAUAGCAAAAAUAAUGCAAGCGGCCCCCGAAGGGGGAAGGUUUACCUAUCUGAUGUGUACGCCGCCUUUUUCGACAAAACGGUGAUGGGUGUGCGCGACAUCGCUCGGCACGAGAGGGCUGUGAAGUUCGGGUCUGCAAGUAGGCAGGCAGGUCGAGAACUCGACGGGCAUUUAUUUUUCGACCAUUGGCCAGAAGACUUCACUGAUGAAGCGUUGACUUCCAAUACGCAUGACACGAUAACGCACUUCAGGGACACGCUGAAAGUGGACAUAGUUUUCGUGUUUCUCGGGCUGGAUGCCGCAAAGGGAGACCUGUUUAGUGCACAAGUAACCCCACGCGGGUUUGAAGCAGCUUGCGCUUUGUUGCGGGAGCAGUUGUCGGGAGCAUCUAUACCAUGCGUCUUUGCAUUAGGAGGCGGGUACCGCGUCACACCAGAAGCAGGAUGUGAAGAUACUGAUGAUGUUGGGACGACGAGUGUAUUUGGCAAAUGCAUUCAAGGAGCCCUGAAGGGCCUCUGCACCGCCACAGCAUGUUGA